AUGAAAAAAAAAAAUGAAACAAUUUUCCAUUUAGUUUUUUUUUUUUAAUUUUCCUUGAGCUUUCUCGGCAAACAAACAGGAUUUAGAAACGAACCUGGUUUGGUUUAGGAGGGGUUUUGUUGCGGCGGAGGAUCUCGACGAGUGGGACCACGAAGGCCAGGGUUUUACCAGAGCCGGUGGCGGCGUCGACGGCGACGUCCAAUAAUAUAUUUUCUUGGGCAGCUUGGACCAGCGUGCAGAACUCGAAGCCGGCUUGGGUUGCAAACCCUUUAACUGGUUUUGAAACUUCCUCGAUUAUCAAUACCGUUUUUUUUUCGUAAGCAAAUGGAUCUCUCUCCAUUCAAGCUAGACAUUGAUGAGCUUAUAGGCGAGUUUGCUGAGGGUGAAUCUACAGCUUUGGCUGAUAUGAAGAGAGUUUGGCUUUCUAGAAAGUUCUCCUACAUAUAUGAGGCUAGUCCUUCUUCCAACUUGGCCUUCUUUAUGCAAUCUUUGUAUGCCCAUUCAAUUGGUUACAUUGUAGGUAAUGCUUCUUUAUCACGCAGAUUGGGUGGGCUCUAUUGCCUUUACUGCCUCUAUGAGACUCAGCCUUUCAAACCUCCUUUCAGAAUAUAUCUAUCCCUUGGAGAGCUGAAGAAACUUACAAACCUUGUUGUUGAUGCAAAAGAAAAAGGUAUAAAUGUGGUAUCUGCUUUGGUCAAAAGGAUGCUUGAGAAAAAAAUGUUCCUCUUUGGGUCUGUGGAGAUGAAUGAAGGCUCUGUUACAGAGACAGUAAAUCAACUCACAGAAUUACAGAAUGCCCGCAUUCAAGUUGCAUAUGAUAAGUUAUUUGCUAACACUCGGAUAGAGCACUUCCUCCGCUUGGACUUGGGUACGGAAGUUGACUUGAAUGUGCUACAGAAAAUGUCAAAAGAAUAUGCAGAGUCAAAGAAAUUGGCCAUUGAAGAGGCCAGCAAGGUGGUGGAUACCCAAGACAUAACGCACAUAUCAGAAGAUAAGAAAUUAAUUGGAGAUACAGUAGAGAAGAUAUCUGAUGACUGGAAUGUCCAAAAAGAUAUCUUUUAUCGACAAACAGGAUUCAGCCAGCAACCUUGUGGAGAACAACAGCCGCUGUUGCAGCUACAACAAGAAGAGCAACAACAGCAAGAUGAUGACGACUUUGAUCAAGAACUGGAACAACUACUAUUACAAAUGUAAUGGCAACGGCACCUGUGGCAGCUUCAUGAAGGCACAGUUUCCUCCACAGUUGAGCAAGGUUCAGGGGCAGGGAUAGUUUCUGGAUAUUUUUUAUUCCAUUCUUAUUGCACUUCUACACAAAAGCAUCUCCUCCUAAUUUUGUUUCAGAAAGGAAGAAUGCUAAUGGAUCCUUGGGUUAGGUUCUUAUUUGAUUAUGCCCCAUCAGUACGUACAGUGGAUUUGUAAAUACAGCAAACGAUUGUGUAGGAGUGAAAUCAUGAAUGAUGGUCUGUUUAGAAUAUGCAUUCAAUUAAUUCAUUCAAAGGCUUCCUAUUACAAAAA